AGUUGGGCAAGAUCAAGCCAUUGUUUUGUAUAUAAGGCAAAGACAGUUCCUCACUGGGCAGAAGAGAUUCAGGUGUUUCUGUUUCUGCAUCCGUCAGUCCCUCUGUUCAGCUCAGACAGGAUCUUCUAACAUCAUGCUCUGCUACAGACUCAGCACCACACUGUUGCUGGCAGCAACAUGUUUGCUCAUGACAGCAGUUGUUUCCACGGAGAAAGUUGUCACCUGUGGAAGCUCCGGGAAUGUCCAGCGCCUGAGCUGUGAAUCUGGAGUGAUCGUUGUGCAGGCAGCACUGUAUGGGCGUGCAGACAAUGAGACCUGCAGUGAGGGAAGACCUCAGAAUCAGCUUGCCAACACACAGUGCGCUCAAAAGGGUACAGUGGACGUCCUCAGAAGAAGGUAUUUUUUAAUCACAUAUGUAGGACAGGUUAUCUUUGUGUAUGGGGCUGACUAUGGACGCCGUGACCGCACAACCUGCUCUUUCGGACGGCCUACCUCUCAGAUCCUAACAGCUAACUGCUCACGCCCUACUACCAUAGUUGCUGACAGCUGCAAUGGGAAAAACAGGUGCAGUAUCAAUGUGAGCAACUCAGUGUUUGGAGACCCCUGCAGUGGCACUUACAAGUACCUGGAGGUGGCGUACAUAUGCGAAUCUUCCGUCAUUUCAAUUAACUGUCUUGUUUUUGCACAGACUUUUGCAUGCCUCACCUUUUUAUAUUUCCACAACAUGAGUCAGCAAAGUAUAAGUCAUUGUCCUCUGUCAUCAGCGUUAAAUCUAAAUGAAGACAUUCUGGUUUUGAUUGUAUGUUCACAUUUUUCCACAGUGGUGUUAGGAGCCAGUUGGGCAAGAUCAAGCCAUUGUUUUGUAUAUAAGGCAAAGACAGUUCCUCACUGGGCAGAAGAGAUUCAGGUGUUUCUGUUUCUGCAUCCGUCAGUCCCUCUGUUCAGCCAGACAGGAUCUUCUAACAUCAUGCUCUGCUACAGACUCAGCACCACACUGUUGCUGGCAGCAACAUGUUUGCUCAUGACAGCAGUUGUUUCCACGGAGAAAGUUGUCACCUGUGGAAGCUCCGGGAAUGUCCAGCGCCUGAGCUGUGAAUCUGGAGUGAUCGUUGUGCAGGCAGCACUGUAUGGGCGUGCAGACAAUGAGACCUGCAGUGAGGGAAGACCUCAGAAUCAGCUUGCCAACACACAGUGCGCUCAAAAGGGUACAGUGGACGUCCUCAGAAGAAGGUGUGAUGGCAAGAGGGAGUGUGAACUGAACGUAAACCUUGUUCGUAACUUUAAUCCCUGCCGUGGCAUCUACAAAUACCUGGAAACCACCUUCACCUGCUUCCCAGCAAUUCACUUUGCUGCCUGCGAGGGCUCUGUGGCACACCUCAAGUGUGGUAAUAUAUUUAUUUUCCUUGUUUGUAUUUAUGGUGGUUUAACAGGAUCUUCUAACAUCAUGCUCUGCUACAGACUCAGCACCACACUGUUGCUGGCAGCAACAUGUUUGCUCAUGACAGCAGUUGUUUCCACGGAGAAAGUUGUCACCUGUGGAAGCUCCGGGAAUGUCCAGCGCCUGAGCUGUGAAUCUGGAGUGAUCGUUGUGCAGGCAGCACUGUAUGGGCGUGCAGACAAUGAGACCUGCAGUGAGGGAAGACCUCAGAAUCAGCUUGCCAACACACAGUGCGCUCAAAAGGGUACAGUGGACGUCCUCAGAAGAAGGUGUGAUGGCAAGAGGGAGUGUGAACUGAACGUAAACCUUGUUCGUAACUUUAAUCCCUGCCGUGGCAUCUACAAAUACCUGGAAACCACCUUCACCUGCUUCCCAGCAAUUCACUUUGCUGCCUGCGAGGGCUCUGUGGCACACCUCAAGUGUGAUGUAGGACAGGUUAUCUUUGUGUAUGGGGCUGACUAUGGACGCCGUGACCGCACAACCUGCUCUUUCGGACGGCCUACCUCUCAGAUCCUAACAGCUAACUGCUCACGCCCUACUACCAUAGUUGCUGACAGCUGCAAUGGGAAAAACAGGUGCAGUAUCAAUGUGAGCAACUCAGUGUUUGGAGACCCCUGCGGUGGCACUUACAAGUACCUGGAGGUGGCGUACAUAUGCGAAUAUCCUGGGGUCAUUCCAUAUCAGCCUCCAGUGCAUUAAUCAUUAACAUACUGGAAAUUCACUCAUAUCACAAUAAACAUGCAUUUGAUUUAA